UUGAAAAGAAAUGCUGAGAAAUACAUAAAGCUUUCCUGUUCUGCCUCGGAUAUUUACAAUGGGUAUCGGGAAGUCUAAAAUAGAUUCCUGCCCACUUUCUCUCUCAUGGGGUAAAAGCCACAGCGUGGAUGCACGUCAAGGACAUAAUGAGUCAGCUUCCAAGAACUCCGAGGAUAUCUCCCUGUGUGAUGUUGCUGAGCGUGGCAAGACAACAGAGGAGCCCCCAGGGAAGCAGGAGGGGGCUGAGAGAGUGGCAGAGAUGCCUGAAGAAGAUGCUGAGGAGGAGGAGGUGUUCCUCAAAUUUGUGAUACUGCAUGCUGAAGAUGACACGGGUGAAGCCCUCAGAGUCCAGAGUCUGCUACAAAAUGACUUCGGUAUCAAACCAGGAAUAAUCUUUGCUGAGAUGCCCUGUGGCAGACAGCAUUUACAGAAUUUAGAUGAUGCUGUCAAUGGGUCUGCAUGGACAAUCUUAUUAUUGACUGAAAACUUUUUAAGAGAUACCUGGUGUAAUUUCCAGUUCUACACAUCCCUAAUGAACUCCGUUAACAGGCAGCACAAGUACAACUCAGUUAUACCCAUGCGGCCCCUGAACAAUCCCCUUCCCCGGGAAAGGACUCCCUUUGCUCUCCAAACCAUCAAUGCCUUAGAGGAGGAAAGUCGUGGCUUUCCUACACAGGUAGAAAGAAUUUUUCAGGAGUCUGUGUAUAAGACACAACAAACUAUAUGGAAAGAGACAAGAAAUGUGGUGCAAAGACAAUUUAUUGCCUGAAAUGAAACAUACAGUGCAUGGCUGGCUCCUGUUUCACAAACCUAAUGAUUGAUCUUCACUUAAGAAAGCAAUUUCUAGGAAUUGUUUAAAUGAAAGAGAGCCUUAGCCUUCCAGAGAGCUGUGGAACACAAGAAAGGUAAAUCUCUGCAGGACAAUCUGUAGAAUCAUGGUAGUUUUUGAUGUUUCAGUAAACUCAAGAUUUUCAGAGUU